UUCACACAUUAGUUACGGUCACACAGAUUAUUAUAAUGUUAGAUUUGUUGUUUUGUUUACUACCAAUUUGAUUUUAAAAAUAUUGGCUAACUGCCGACUUGCAUCCAAUUUCUGGCCAAGAUGAAUAUCACCAGCUCCCCAAAGGUGUUGAUGAAGUGUCGGAUUUGCCUAGGCGAUUCUGAGGAGCAGACAAUGAGUUCUCUUUUUGACGAUGAGGCUGAAAACGAUGACCUGCUGAUCGAGAAGGUUGAGUUCUGCUGCGGCAUAAAGGUUCGUCAAUCUGCCAAGAUGCCAACCAAAGCCUGCCACAGCUGUACCGAAUUCGUUCAAAUGUGGUGCAACUUCCGUCAGAUGUGCCUAAACUCACAGGUGUACUGGGAAACAAGUUUUCCUGAUUCGGAGAGACCGGAGGAUUUGCUCCAAGCCAGCGACGGCGAGUACAUGGAGUAUCUGUACGAAAAACUGCAGCUGAAUUCGGGCCUUGAAAACAAUUACCAGGAGGAGAUCAGCCAAACGACAGAGGAAGAGCAACAACUGGAGGAUAACGUGCAGGAAGUGCUCGAUGUCAACGGGUACAUUAUAGACGAACAAAUCGAAGAGGAAAAUGAGACCGUUAAGGAGAGUCCUGAACAAAUUUUGAUUUCCCACCUGGACGCAUACGUUAGUAAUCCAGAAAUGGAAGAAACCAUUGAAGAUAAGCUUGUAGAGGAUUCUUCCCUUCUAAACGAGGAGUACUAUGAGGUCGACUACGAAGAACUCCACGAAGAUGAUUUUCUUUCAACCUCACCUUCGCCGGAUCCCAGCCCAAAAGAGGACCCACGCAAUUCAGGACGGUUCCGCAAACUGGGAAGGCCCCGCAAGCCGGACAGCGAACUUAAGUUCAAGCGGAAGGAGAUCAGCGCACAGGGAAAGGCGACCAAGUCAAAGAUAGAGGACAAAUUAGUGUGCAACCUGUGUGGCAACGUCUUUUACAAGAAAUCCAUGUUCACAGCUCAUUUGAUGACCCAUACGGAAUAUAAACCACACCAAUGCGAAAUCUGCAACAAAGCCUUUCGUCAAAUGGGCGAGCUGCGAGCCCACAUUCGUCGUCAUACCGGCGUUCGUCCUUACAAAUGCAUGUAUUGCGACCGCCACUUCUACGACCGGAGCGAAAGGGUUCGCCAUGAGCGGGUACACACAAAUACUCGACCUUACGCCUGUCAGGAGUGCGGCAAGACCUUCACGCACACAGCCAUCCUCAAGAAUCACCUCCUGGUGCACUCCGGCGAGAAAAAUUACAGCUGUGACAUAUGCUCCAAGUCAUUCACCCUGCUGCAUCAACUGAAGGCCCAUUUGCAGACCCUCACCCACCGCAACAAAUUGGAGAGCUCCAUACCCAACUCCACGGACUUCACGCAGAGCUAAUGCUCUGCCA